CAGGCUGCCUAGCCAGCCGCCCAGCACUGCUUUUCGCCGCUGUCUCUCUCGCGCCCACACGGGUCGCUCGCGUCGCUCCACCAGCGCGAGAGAGACAGACCGACGAGAGCGGUGUUCGGCUGCUUGGCCGGAGCAGCCGGCGUCCCUAGAGGACCGCCUAGCUCGCCGGGGCGUCGGCCUCCGGAGCCAAAGCAGCCAACGCAGCCAAAGAGAAGGAGGAGGCCGUGGAGACGGAGGGUCGCUCGCUCCCGCUUUGCUCCCGCUGCACCAUUAGGCCGGCCAGGCAACCCGCCGGAGGAGCACUAGAAACUAGAAACGGCCGAGUACGGCUCACAUCUCACAGGUUGACAUGAUAAGCUGCUGGGCUGGAGGCUGGAGGCCCCCUCGCUCUGGCUGGAGCUGGAGUAGACCCCGACGCCGGCAGCGCAGGCAGCACGGACACGACGAGGACUGCACCACGAAGACACGGGGCCUGCCAGGGCAAAGCGUGGAGAAGAAGGACAGAUCAGAGACGGCGAAAGCGCUGCGCGCUCCGUGAUCCACAAGAAAUAAUGCUCCGGCCAGCAAAACUGGCAACAGUGCCUGCGGCGGCGGCGCUCCGCUGCGACGGUGUUCUUCGCUUCGACGGCGGCCCUGCACGUCCGGCGACUGCACCGACGCCAACUACAGGGAGACGGUGGCGCGGCUCCGAAUGCUGCUCAUGGACUCGUACCUGCCGUGCCGCCUGGCCGCGACGGACGCCCUGGUCAGCAAGUCGCCGGCCGGAAUGGCGGACUUCAUCGAGCGCCAGGAGGAGUACAUCCAGCAGCUGGAGAAGGAGUCUCGCUACUGUAGGUCUUCGCUGUGUGGUGGUUGCCCCGCAGGGCGAGCUUACCGGCCUCAUGAUGAAGCUCAAGGACCUCAUCUCGGAGAACGAGGAGCUUAUGAACGCCGUGCGAGACUCCCUGGCGCCUACCUCUCGCCCUGCCCUGCCCGAGACACAGGGUACUCGCUACAACAUGGACCUGAUCCGGCCGCAGUCCCUGAGGGAGCCCGGCUUGCUGUACGAGUCCCGCAUCUCCGAGCUGCAGGCUCAGCUUACCCAGGCCCGUAUCGAGUCCCAGUCCCUGCGGCACCGCGCUGGGCUCGUGGACUAGACCGCGGGCCAGUGCCCCCGCUGUCGCCCUGGCCGGACCCCCUGGGGGUGUGGUGGGGCCACCUGGGCUGGCUGCGCGCCGAGCUCCGCGCCGCCCCCGUCCCGGUCAUCACCGAGGCCGAGGAGCCCCCCUCGGACGCCGUCGACUCGGCGCCAUCGGAGCCCGAAGAACAACGAGAUACCCCUCAAGCUGAAGAUGUUCCCCAGCCCGAGCCUGCCGAUCCGGAGAGUUUGAAGUCUGUCGAGCCGGAACCGGCAGUGGAGUGCCCCUCCCCCUGCCCGUCGGAGGCCGCCGAUUUGGAGCCCCUGGAAGCCCUGCCUGAGCUGCCUCAGCCCGUCGAGGACGACGAAGCCUCUUCGUCGGGCUCUGCAGCCUCGGAAGCACAGCAGCUCCUCCAGCUCAGCCUGCCCGACAAGGAGGGCCCCAAGGCGGACGACCCUCCCGCGGCCCCGCCCCUCAUCACCGUCAACGUAGAAGUCAAGUUCAGAGUCAGCAAGAAGGACAGGAAGCGGAGCCGGAGUUCCUCCAACAAGUGACGCAAACCUAGAGCUUUUCCAUUGUCUUUAU